GGGUGGGAAGGGGAGGGUAAAAGUUAAAAAGAAAAAAACGCUUUGAUGAGAAGUCUAUAAAAACUGUGUGUUCCUGAAGAUUCAUCGUGUUUGGCAGCUGCUGUCUCAUCCACAGCUUCCGAUACCUGAGAGGACUCUGCUCUCUCACACUACCUGUCACCAUGGCCUACCAGUUUCCAGCCCUCACCCCAGAACAGAAGAAGGAGCUCUCAGAAACUGCCCGGCGCAUUGUUGCCAAUGGGAAGGGGAUCCUGGCUGCAGAUGAGUCUGUAGGCACCAUGGGAAGCCGCCUGCAGAGGAUCAAGGUGGAGAACACGGAAGAGAACCGCCGGCAGUUCCGAGAACUCCUCUUCACCGUGGACAGCUCUGUCAACCAGAGCAUCGGGGGUGUGAUCCUCUUCCAUGAGACCCUCUACCAAAAGGACAGCCAGGGAAAGCUGUUCAGAGACAUCCUCAAGGAAAAGGGGAUCGUGGUGGGAAUCAAGUUAGACCAAGGAGUUGCUCCCCUUGCAGGAACAAACAAAGAAACCAGCACUCAAGGGCUGGAUGGCCUUUCUCAACGCUGUGCCCAGUAUAAGAAAGAUGGUGCUGACUUUGGGAAAUGGCGUGCUGUGCUGAGGAUUGACAACCACUGCCCAUCCCAACUUGCAAUCCAGGAAAAUGCCAACACCCUGGCCCGCUAUGCCAGCAUCUGUCAGCAGAAUGGGCUGGUACCCAUUGUUGAACCAGAGGUAAUUCCUGAUGGAGACCAUGACAUGGAGCACUGCCAGUAUGUUACUGAGAAAGUCCUGGCUGCUGUCUACAAGGCCUUAAAUGACCAUCAUGUUUACUUGGAGGGCACCCUGUUGAAGCCCAACAUGGUGACAGCUGGACAUGCCUGCACCAAGAAGUAUACUCCAGAGCAAGUAGCAAUGGCCACUGUCACAGCUCUCCACCGUACUGUUCCUGCAGCUGUUCCUGGCAUCUGCUUUUUGUCUGGUGGCAUGAGUGAAGAGGAUGCUACUCUCAACCUCAACGCUAUCAACCUUUGCCCUCUACCAAAGCCCUGGAAACUAAGUUUCUCUUACGGACGGGCCCUGCAGGCCAGUGCACUGGCUGCCUGGGGUGGCAAGGCUGCAAACAAGAAGGCAACCCAGGAGGCUUUUAUGAAGCGGGCUCUGGCUAACUGCCAGGCGGCCAAAGGACAGUAUGUUCACACGGGCUCUUCCGGUACUGCUUCCACCCAGUCUCUCUUCACAGCCUGCUACACCUACUAGAACCCGAGGCCAGCCAGCCUGGCUCGCGCACAUCUAGGUGUCUUGAUAGGAGGAUCGAAAGGGAACAACAGCCUUUCAGCUGACCCUGGAAAUUAGACAAAAUUAGAUUGGAAUCCUGGGAACACAAUGCAUGUUAAAUUCUUAGACACAAGGAAAAAAAAUCAGUCAUUGAAAUGCAAGUCUGAAUAUCAAGGAUCUGAUGAAAUUUCACACAGUAGUUUCUUAACAGUAUUUCCAGCUCACCUGCCCCAGAGUGUCCAUCUAAGAAAAGAAUAGACUUUAAAACAGAAUCAGUUCCCCAUCCAAAUAACCAAGUGAAACACCUCAUAAGCUGAGUGCAGAGAAGUGCAUCGUAUUAAACAGUCUUAGCAGUGGUAGGUUAUGACGGAGACAGCUGCAACCAAAAAAGAAAUAAAAUGUUCUACAAAUCUUCA